AAGUAAAUUCGUUUGAUCAUAUAACAAGUUCACCCGCGGAGAGAGCUUGGAGCUGUUUCGUUAGCAGACCAGCUAGUUAAAGGCCAUACAAAUGGAUAUUGAUUCAAAAGAGGAAGAUGGUUUUCGGGUGCUUCUGAAGCAGGGAGCAGAAGCUAGAGUAUUUGAGUCAACCUUCAUGGGAAGGAGGUCCAUCAUUAAGGAAAGAUUCUCCAAGAAGUACAGGCACCCAACCCUUGAUUCGAAACUGACACUGAAACGUUUGAAUGCGGAGGCCCGUUGCAUGACUAAAGCAAGAAGACUUGGUGUGGCCACACCUGCUCUAUAUGCUGUGGAUCCUUUGCUACACACACUCACGUUUGAGUACAUUGAAGGACCAUCUGUGAAAGAUGUUCUUUUAGACUUUGGAUUGACUGGUGUGGUAGAGGAACGUAUAAAUGAUAUUGCUGGACAGAUAGGAAAUGCGAUAGGAAAGCUACAUGAUGGAGGCCUGGUUCAUGGGGACUUGACAACUUCAAAUAUGCUGCUUCAAAGUAGCACGAAUAAUCUGGUUCUUAUUGACUUCGGUCUCAGUUUCACUUCUACCCUUUCUGAGGAUAAAGCCGUGGAUUUGUACGUACUUGAGAGAGCUCUGAUCUCCAUGCAUUCUUCAUGCGGCAAUGUGAUGGAUCGGAUACUGGUUGCAUAUAGGAAGUCCUCAAAGCAAUGGUGUGCGACCCUCAACAAGCUUGCUCAAGUGCGACAAAGAGGCCGGAAGCGCACAAUGGUUGGCUAAAAACCUUGAGAUAUCAGGGUAAUAUCUACGACAAAAAUAUUGCACCCUGAUCCCCUUAAGCUUCAAGAGGAAGUGUAUUGCAUUGCUGGAGAAAAAGAAGUUAGCUUCUGAUUCAAACUGAUUUAUGCUAUAACGCUUGUAUCUAAUCUUUCAGACUGCAUGUCUUCAUAUGGUGACCAUCUAAAGUGAAACUGGGAGACAAAUGGGCGACAUUCUCAUUCAUGUAAUCUAUUGUAGGGGAUUAAACGAUGCUGCAUAGAUGAUUUUAGUAA